AUGCUGCUCAAGUCACGACUUAAGACAUGGCAGGUUAGGUCUGGGGCCAAGAGUGGCGGCAUGUCUCGUUAUGAAGAGAAUGUGAAUCGUAGGCUUCUCCUAUUUUUUCUGUCACAACUAGCUUGUUUCCGACUUUAUCUUCUUCUGGAAAGACAAAGAGUAAAAGCCAAUUUGACGAAAGACGCUUACUUGAACAAAACAAGCGGAUACAGAAAGAAAAUAAUGCACCUGAAGACUUUCCAAGUUUCAUUAGAGAAGGUUCAGGUAGUAACGCCAGAGAACUACAUAAAAUGUGACUCAGGGCUUAUAUAUCGUGAUUUUGUGGUUGGUGAAGGUGAUUUCCCACAGGCUGGUCAGCAGGUGAUGUUCCACUAUGUUGGCUACAAUGAGUCGGGCCGUCGUAUUGACAGCAGCUACACUCAGGGUUCUCCUGCCAGAAUCCGCAUGGGCACUAAUGCAUUGGUCCCAGGGCUUGGGAUUAUGGUUGGGAAUAAGGGGAAGAUGAAGGGGAAUAGCAGGAACAGUUUGGAAACAAGACAGGGAAAUAAGACUGGAGCUCUGUCCAACUUCAAUUGCAUUGCAAAAGAUACAGAAGAAAAUGCCUCAGUGCCGGCUAGAAGCUAUGCUGUGUAG